CUACAAGCACCAACUCUGUCUGCUUCAAAGAAAUCCCUGAACAUGUCCAGACUUAGUGCCAGUCCAGUAUUGUCCAGUCAGUCAGUUAAGAGAGCAAGUUCCACUAAUGGCUCUAAACUUUUGACAGGACAGCAGACGCUGUAUGACCUCAUCGAUAGCCAGCCAAUCAAAAUGCAGAGACUGGAAGGAGAACGGCCCAAAACCAAGAAGAGGAAGACCAAGGAGGCAAAUGAGAAAAAUGAUAAUUUUCCCCAGAGAAAAGUUGUCACGGUGAAUGUCACCAUCCAGACACUGAAGAAAAGAUUAAACAGCUACCAUAAUAUUGUGUCACAGCCAGAUGCAACAUUUGAAACACCCUAUGUGAUUGGUCCACUGAAGUCACAUGGGGUGUGGAUGUGUCGUCAUGGGAACAGUAUUGCAAUAUUUAACCAUUACAGAGCACAGGAAGUGAUUUUGUUUCAGAGACUUCUUGAAACUUUUAACUUUGAAAUGGAAUCUUUGGAACAGCCUAUAGAAAUAACAGAAAACAUGUUUCCAAGCAGAGCAUUAUGGGAUGUGUUACUCUCCAUGCAGCAGACCCUCAAGCCCCCAGAUCCACAUGUACACCUUACAGACAAACUGUUGACAGCCAAUGGUUUUGAUAUCCGAAUGUAUGAAGAUGACGAUGGCUCGAAGAAAGUCCACAUUUACAAAAUGGCAACAUGUCUACCAUUCUAUGGUGUUCAGGACUUGACAGAGAUACUACACAUGGUCAGCCGACUGUCAGACAAUGGAUAUCAUUCUCCAAAUCACCAUGGUGGACAUUCACUAGAUCAGUGCAGGCCACAGAAAGUGAGGCACUUUUUACAG